CGCUGCGCGGUUUGUUGAUAGUGCGUGAAUGAGGCGCGCGAGCAUCACUGCGCAUCUUUACACUUCUGUCAGAUAAGUUGACAUUACAUCAAUAAAGUGGAAUAACAGUCUGAAGAACGAGGAAAGAGAGGUGGAAAUAACGCUCGCGUUACAAAGGUGAUGUGAUAUAGAAGACUUUCUGUACUGACAGACCAGAGGAAGCUAAAGAUGAGGACUGUGGGAUUGUGGAGGACUGGCCGAUGCAGUCUGCUGCUGCUGGUUACUCUUCUCCAGCUGUUGUUGCCUCCUGUAUGCUCAAAUAAUCCAGUAGGCCAGAAUAUACCACGACUACAACUUUCUCAUACAGAGCUGAGGUCGAGGAACAGCUCUGCUGUGUUUUGGGAUGGUGGAGAAGGUGGAGCGUACCAGGCUUUACUGCUGGAUGAAGAUCGCGGAUGGCUGCUGGUUGGAGGCAAAGACCACAUCUACAUGUUGAAUUCUGACAGCCUCACCCAACCGGCACGCAAGAUUGACUGGCCAGCUGGGCAGGAAAACAUUGAACGCUGCAAAUAUGCUGGAAAGAAUUUGUUGACAGACUGUGCAAACUACGUAAGACUCCUGCAGCCUUUCAACAAAACCCACGUGUAUGUAUGCGGGACCGGCGCGUUUCACCCACAAUGCACCUACGUCGACCUCGGACACAAUUUUGAGAAACCAACGUUCCGCUUCCUCAGCCACGCUGUCGAAUCCGGACGAGGAAAAUGUCCUUUCAGUCCGCAAGAACCCUUUACCGCCCAACUGUCAGGUGGAGAUCUGUAUGCGGGCACGUCGGUGGACUUCAUGGGAACGAAUGCCGCCAUAUUUCGCACGUCUGUGCAUAGCAGCAAUCAACAUUAUAUACGCACCGAAGCUUACCAGGACAACUGGCUAAAUGAGCCGGAGUUCAUAAGAUCAUAUUCAAUCCCUGACACACACAGCUUAGAUGAUGACAAGGUCUACUUCUUCUUUAAAGAGACCGCUGUAGAGUCCAACCAGCUCGACAAACGCGUCUACAGUCGAGUCGCACGCGUCUGCAAGAAUGAUAUUGGUGGAAAAAGAAGUUUAAUAAAUCGCUGGAGCACCUUUCUGAAAGCCAGACUGGUGUGUUCAGUACCAGGAUCUGGAGGAAUGGACACACACUUUGAUGAUCUGGAGGACAUUUUCCUUCUGGAGACCAAAGAUCCUCAGAAUCCAGUCAUCUACGGCGUCUUUUCCACUUCCAGUUCGGUCUUUAGAGGCUCGGCUGUGUGCGUGUACUCGAUGGCCUCCAUCAGAGCCGCAUUCAACGGGCCGUUUGCACACAAGGAGGGGACCGAUUAUCGCUGGAUGGAGUACAAGGGGAAAAUCCCAUAUCCACGCCCAGGGACGUGUCCCAGCGAGACGUACGACGCUCUGCACAAAUCCACCCGUGACUUUCCCGAUGAAGUUGUGAGCUUCAUGAGGUCACAUCAGCUUAUGUGGGAGCCAGUGGUACCCAUCCACAGACGACCGGUCUUUACCCGGAUCAACGCCCCCUACAGGCUGAAGAAGCUUGUGGUUGACCGGGUCGAUGCAGAGGAUGGCCAGUAUGAUGUCUUGCACCUGGGCACAGAUGAUGGCAAGGUACUGAAGGUGGUCUCCAUACCUAAAGAGAACUGGGAGACGGAGGAAAUCGUUUUGGAGGAGCUUAGUGUCUUCAAGUCUCAGUCCCCAAUACUAAACAUGGAGCUGUCCACUAAAAGGCAAGUGUUGUUUGUGAGCAGUGAUGAAGGAGUCGUCCAGCUGCCCGUUCAGAGAUGUGAUCUGUAUGGUAAAGGAUGUGUAGACUGCUGUCUAGCUAGAGAUCCAUACUGUGCUUGGGACGGAUCCUCUUGUACCAACUACUUAUCCAGCAACAAAAGGCGAGCCCGGAGACAGGAUGUGAGGUAUGGAGACCCCUGGAGCCAAUGUCAGGACAUGAAAGAUGAUCAUGCUGAUUUAAAGACGGUUUAUGGCGUGGAGGGAAACUCAACCUUUCUGGAAUGUGUUUCACGGUCACCACAGGCAACCAUCAAGUGGAUAAAUCAGCCAAACCACAGCCAAUACAGCAAAGAGUUGGUCACAGGUGAAGAAAACCUCAUCCACAUGCAGCGAGGGCUCCUCCUUCAGCGCGUAACUUCAGCCAACGCUGGCCUGUACCUCUGCGUAGCCUACGAACAUUCAUUCUCCCGCACGUUAGCCCGCUACGAACUGCACGUCAUUCCCCAGAACCACAUGUCAAGAUCGCAAAACUCCCGGCCGGAUGGAAACUACGCGGCCUCACCGCGGAGCUUCAAAGAACUUCAUCUGAUGGGCGUCAGCGGGCUAACGGCAGACGAGUACUGCGAACAGCUUUGGUACCGCGAAAAACGGCGACAGCAAAAACUUCGCACACUAAAGUGGAAGCAGGAGGCCGAAAACCGUAAAGCGAGAGUCAGGCGGCAGAAUCCAUCAUAUGAGCCUCUUGAAUGAGGCCAUACAGCAGACUUUUGAUAAAAAGAGACAGUUUGACUAUCAAGACAAAAAACAGCUUGUUUGUAGCUUCGACCAACAACAGCUAGCUACUGCUAACGUGAUAUGAAGCGGCUACAAACUAUACUGUUUUACUUCUAAUAGGAUUAAUCCUCACAUAUGUUUUAGCAAAGUUUUACUGUGAUGUCUCAGAGUAAUAACACUGCCUGUGAUUUAGAAACUUUAGCGCAAUAUAACCAAAGUGCUGGUAUGAAUUUGCGCAGUCUGGUAUUGGAUCAGUACCUAAACAGAUUUUGCGUACUUUGUAUUAUUCUCAAUCUGUUUCUGUUGUUUAUUAAUUUUGUCUUCGUGUCCUCCUGGCAAGUUCGUACUUAUGAGUUAGGAAGUAAAUUUCUGAAUUUGAUCAUAACAACAGAAGCGUUUGACAAUGUGAUAUUUUGUUUUCUGACCUUAUGGUGUAAUGUGUGUUUUAGUGGGCUCUAGUGGUGAGAUUGUGAAUUGCAACCAACCUCAAUUUUGAUAUGCAAAAAUUGAGGACAAAUACGUUGUUCUCUGAGUCAUCUUAUGCUGCGUUUACACCAGCCGUGUUUGAGGCGUCAAAAUCGCGUGUAACGCAUCUAGUUUGCUGCUUAUACAGUUUGAAUGCAUUGGUUCACGCUCCUGAUUGGUUAACACGUCAGCCACAAAUUUGCGUCAAACGCAAAAUGCAUAAAAAGCACCAUUCACAUGUACCAUGCCAGACGCUAAAUUCGCAAAAACAAUGCGCGCGAAUGAGGCGGAAUUGCGUCUACCGCGCCAAACGCCUCAUCCGCGCUGUGAGCCCUCCAGACGUGCAUCUUCACAUUGACUUAAAAUUGAAAUCACUCACGCUUGACGCCUCUACCGCGGCUGGUGUAAACGCAGCAUUAGGCUGUGUCUGAAACCUAUAUAGUAGGCAAAAAGAAGUAGGCGAGAUGAGUAGUGUGUUCGAAUUCAUAGUGUUUGAAAAACAGUAGGCAAAAAGUACCCGGAUGACCGACUACUUUCUGCAAGAUCCCGAAGUAUUCAUUCGAUGGACACUUGCUAUCCCGUGAAGAAGACGACAAAGAUGCGUUGUUUUAUAAAAAAAAUGGCCGAAAGGCUGAACAAAUGUAAUAGUUUUUGGCUAUUAUAUGUGAUCCCUGUCUGUGAAAUCCAGUCUAUGUCUCAUACAGUAGCUUGGAUUUUAUGAGCUUAAAGGAGCAUCAAAGUUUGAUUUCACUUAUUGAUUUCAACAUGAUCUUUGACAUGACUGUACUCGCCAAUAUAAAUAACAAUAUGAAUGUUAUGUUUUUAUGCAAUGUCCUUUAGGAUGAUUUUAUUUAGAAAACAGUAAAUCAACAAAUUGACUUUAGCUGGGCUUUCACAGACUGGGUCAUGUAUGUGGAUGCUUGAUUUGGUCAAUGGAUUGUAAAGACCUUCACUGUGCCCGGUGGUCCAACCGUACGAGCAGGUGCCUCCAUGUACAGGGGAAGUUUGCCUAAACUUUCCUACACAACCCAGGACGUGCCCUUCAUAUGUUUCCUUCCUCUCCAUGAACAAUCUGUUUUGCUAUUUCCUAAAAAACAUCCUUGAGUAAAUACUCUGCUUGUUUUACAACACUUUGCAUGUUAUUCUCUGGAGAAAAGCAAUGUGUCAUGUCAAAAA